AUGGAUAAGAGAAGAGACAGACGAAUUGAAGACCAUGUAGAGGACGAAAACAACAAAAAAAUAAAAGUUUUGCAUUCCCAAGUAUCAGAAAUAAAAGCCGCCGCAAAUAAUAUUUACCAAGAAACAAAAGACAGCAAUUCCUUUUUAGAUGUGUUUAAUGGGCAGAUGGAAAAAGGAAAAGCGGGUGUGAGAAAUGUGUUUGAUAGGUUUGAAGGGGUUUUAGCUGACAGGAAUAACAGGCUGAGCAUUUAUAUUGCAGGGUUUCUGACUAUUCUUUUCCUUAUUGUGUGGAAAUAUGCAAUGUACAGUGGAGGUGAAUCUAGCUAA